CGCCCAGCCAGGGUUUGCCUGUGUGCCAGCGUCCCCAAGGAAAAGUUCUGCACGGAAGGGAAGGUCAUCGUGCUCCAGCACCCAUAUGAGGCCAGGAAGCCGCUGGGCACGGUGUCCCUGCUACGCUUGUGCCUGCAGGACAUCCACGUGCUGACUGGACGGAAGUACAAGCCUUCGGAGCACGGCAUCCUGACUGAGGCCAUCCAGGCCGCCAGGGAUGGCCUCACUCCCCUCCUGGUCCUGUUCCCCGCCCCCGGGGCCGCUCGACUGGACGGCGCACACGUCGCGCCGGGCCUGGCGGCGCGGCAAGGAGGCGUGUCGAAUGAAACCGAGCUGGAGGGGCCCCUGCACUCGCUGCGCCUGGGUCAGAGGGGGGCCUACACGCUGCUGGCGCUGGACGGGACCUGGCAGCAGGCGCGGGAGAUGUGGGGCGCCAGCCAGGCCCACCUCGUGCCUCCUGGAACGGCGGUGUGCCUGGCCCCCGAGGCCAUCGGCGACCCGAGCGCGCGACUGAAGAUGGAGCCCGCGCGGGGGUGCACCACCACCUGCGAGGCGGUGGCCGCCGCGCUGCAGCGGGACGGGGGGUUGUACGCCACGGGGCGCGCGCGCUUCGGCGUGGGGCCGGGCGUGGCGAGGUGCGCUGCCGCGGGCGGGGACCAGCCCCCGCCGCCCGAUGUAGACGUGGAGUAG